AUGGCUGAAAUUCGAGACGAGUUCGGCAAUCCCGUCCCGCUCACCGACCAGUAUGGCAACCCAGUUCAGCUGACUGACGAGCAGGGCCGCCCCAUCCACCUCUCUGGCAUCGCAACCACCGAGGGCUUCCAGGGUCAAACCAUCCGACCCGGAGAGCGGCAGCAAACCACAGGCACAGGCACACAAGGCUCAGGGACUGGUCUCCACAUCCCGGGUACAGGGUCACAGGUUCCCGGCACCGGUGUUCAUGUUCCGGGGACCGGGACACACGUUCCCGGCACAGGUGCGCACAUUCCGGGGAUCGGCAUGCACAUCCCUGGCACAGGUGAACAUGUUCCAGGGACAGGUGCACAUGUUCUGGGGACAGCUGAGCAUGUUCCAGGCACCGGUGCGCACGUACCAGGAACUGGAACCGAAAAACACAAAACUGUUGGUGAACAUCUUAAACAGGAGCGCACCGAUGUGACAGGCGAAGGGCGUCGCAGCUCUGGCUCUAGCUCCUCGGAGGAGGAUGAUGGGCAAGGAGGGAGGGUGAGGAAGAAGAAGGGGCUGAAGGAGAAGAUAAAGGAAACCUUUGGUGGUAAGCACAAGGAUGAGCAUCAGCAGGCGGGGCCGACCUUCAAGACUCCGACAGUCACUCCACAGGAGCAUGAAAAGAAAGGCAUGAUGGAGAAGAUCAAGGAGAAGUUGCCUGGUCACCAUUCCCACUGA